AUGGGUUCAGUACAACUAGAUGAUAUUCCCAUCCAGAAACACUACAGCAAUGACUCAGGUGACUCAAUGGCAACCCGGUUAAACUGCAACGGCGUCGAGUCCUUUGAGGUCGUGGGUCUUACAUCCGACGAGACUUCGAGUCCCACAGGCAUGAGAGAUGAAAUCAUACUUUUAUCGUGGCUCAUUGUGCUCUUGAGAACACGAGAUGGUGUCGAGAUCCGAUACGAUUGGGCAUAUACGCGUCCAGAAGAGGAGCCGGUAGCCAGAUAUCUGGCCAUGAAUGAAGUAGUGGCGGGGCUACAAAGCAGUGUCAAGGAAACUGCGACAGCUGUCUCUCGGCAUAUUGCCACAGAUGCACCAGGCCAGUUGGCGCCAGCAUCUCUGCUUCUGAGCACCAGCUCUCUUUCCCAGACCUCAGAGGAAGCAAAAGAUGAAGGGUUACUUCACUUGGAAGUGUGUUUUGAGAAUGGUUUGCUCCAGAUUUGCCCAACAUGGCACUCCGAGAAUAUGUUGCCAUUCACAGUGGCGCGAUACGUUAGGACCCUCGUCGACACAGUCAGACUGUGCAUCUCUAACCCCGAAGUGUCCAUCCAAGACUGCCUUCGACCGACCACAUAUGAUCUCGACGAGAUAUGGCGCUGGAAUCACGAUCUGCCACCCACGUACAACUUUUGCAUGCAUGAUAUGAUAUCCGAACAGGCUCAGAAGUUCCCAGAUAAAGAAGCAAUCGCAUCCUGGGACGGCAGCCUGACAUACAGCCAGAUUGAUCAGUAUUCCACAUUCGUCGCGGGCUCGCUCAAGGAUAUGGGUGUCGAGUUACAUGAUGCCUUACCUAUCUGCUUUGAGAAAUCCAGAUGGACAAUCGUCGCAGUUCUCGCGGUAAUGAAAGCCGGCGCGACGUUUGUAUUAAUGGACCCGACGCUGCCGCUUGCACGGCUGCAGAAUAUGGCCCAACAGGUCGGCGCGAAAAUGAUGGUCUCCUCUCGUGAUCAGCACAACCUGGUGUCUGAGAUCAUACCCAAUUCGAAAGUGUUCGUCGUGGAGGAGACCACGUUCAGCAGACUGCCCGCUAUACAAAACAUCGUACCGCUACCGAGGGUACCCUCAUCCGCCCUGAUGUACAUCAUCUUUACGUCCGGCAGCACAGGUACUCCCAAAGGAGUCAAGAUCUCCCACGAGACCUACACAAGUAGUGCCAUUCCCAGAGCCAAGGCCGUCGGCUACACAGAGAAUUCGCGCGUCCUUGACUUUGCCUCCUACGCCUUCGACGUCAGCAUCGACAGCAUGCUUCUGACCCUGGGCAACGGCGGCUGUCUUUGCAUUCCAUCGGACGAAGACCGCCUCAACGACAUCAACGGCGUGAUCCGGCGGAUGAAAGUCAACUAUGCGGGCCUGACGCCUUCCGUCGCCCGGAUUCUAGACGCGGACGUGAUAACCUCACUCAGCGGCCUAGGUCUCGGAGGAGAGCCUGUCUCUGCGAGAGAUGUCACGCUUUGGGGUCAGGACACCAGGAUUAUUAUUGGCUAUGGUCCCUGCGAAUGCACGAUCGGGUGUACAGUGAAUAGUAGCGCGGCAACGGGGAGAGACUAUAUCUCCAUUGGGCCUGGUAAUGGGGCGGCCAUCUGGAUAGUCGACCCCAAUGACCAUGAAUCUCUUGUACCCGUCGGCGUGGUAGGAGAGCUGCUGGUCGAAGGUCCCAUAGUAGGACAGGGCUACCUGAAUGACCCGGAGAAAACCGCGGCAGCGUUUAUCGAAGACCCCUCGUGGUUGAUUGCGGGUCACAAUGUCUACCCCGGUCGUCGGGGCCGUCUGUACAAGACCGGUGAUCUAGGCCGAUAUGACCCGGAUGGAUCUGGGGGUAUUGUCUUCGUGGGGCGCAAGGAUACUCAAGUCAAACUCCGUGGACAACGAGUUGAGCUCGGAGAGAUCGAGAGCCAGUUGAGAGCCAGACUGCCCUCGGAGACGACCGUCAUCGCCGAGGUGAUUGUACCGCAAGGGUCCGGGGGACAACCAACGUUGGUGGCAUUUGUUGCAGCGCAGACGACGAAAGGACAUGGCCAUACUGAACUUGAGGCAGCAGAGCUUCCCGGUGAGCAGUACAAGGCGCUGUCAGAAGCUGAUUCGGAGCUGGCAAAGGUUUUGCCUCGAUACAUGGUGCCCACUGCGUAUAUUCCUGUCAACCAUAUCCCUACGUUGAUCUCGGGUAAAACAGACCGCAAAAGACUGAGGCAAUUUGGUGCCGCCGUCGACCUGCGUCAGCUGGACCAGAGAGGGAAAAACACCACAACCCGAGAGCUGAGCGAUCUGGAGCGACACUUGCGACAGGCCUGGAGCAAUACAUUGAAGAUCCAAGCCGCCUCUAUCCGUCUCGAAGACAACUUCUUCGCUCUGGGUGGAGACUCCCUCACAGCCAUGAAACUGGUCUCUGUUUGUCGGUCUCAUGGCCUCGACCUCAGUGUCACCAACAUGUUUAGCAACCCUACUCUCUCAGCCAUGGCCAGCGCUGCUCGCAUCUGCGGCGUCGACGUGCAAGCUCAAGCCCCGGCAUUCUCAAUGAUCACGUCAGAUGUCGACAGCGCCUGCAGAGAGGCAGCAGAGGCCUGCGGGGUUAGCCCAGCAAAUGUCGAGGACAUCUAUCCGUGUACGCCCACACAGGAGUCUCUGUUCACUUUCUCACUCAAAUCAGUCAAGCCAUACGUGGCACAGAGAGUUUUAUGUAUCCCGUCGCAUAUCGACAGCGACGCAUGGAGGAAGGCGUGGGAGGAAGUGGUCACCGCACUCCCCAUUUUACGGACACGAGUUGCCCAGCUGCAAGAGCCUGGCCUUCAACAAGUUGUACUCAAAGAAAACGUUUCCUGGACGCAAGCAUCCAAUCUAUCCGAAUACCUGGAGAACGACCGAACCGAAAGGAUGAAUCUCGGAGAGAGCCUGGCUCGUUACGCUAUCGUUGACGACAUAACUACCGGCAAGCGAUACAUGGUUUGGACUAUUCACCACGUCCUGUACGAUGGAUGGUCAGAGCCGAUCAUCCUCAAGCAAGUCAGCGAUGCCCUGCAAGGGCAGCCAAUCGAGGUAAAGACGCAGAUGCGCGACUUUGUCAAACACGUGCGCGACAUGGAUGACGCUGCAGUGCAAGAAUUCUGGCGACGGGAAUUGAACGGUGCCGUCGGGCCUCAGUUCCCGCGUCUACCCUCGAGAGACUUCAUGCCUACCCCCGACGCUCUAAUCGAGCAGCAAGUAUCCCUCGAAACCAGUGCUGGAUCGCCCUUCACCAUGGCCACAUUAAUCCGCGGCGCCUGGGCGCUCGUCGCGUCCCAAUAUACUGGAAGCGACGAUAUCGUGUUCGGCGAGACCCUUACCGGUCGCGAUAUCCCAUUGCCUGGAGUCGAAAGCAUUGUCGGCCCGUUAAUUGCAACGGUCCCAAUUCGCGUUCGCGUCCACCGGGCGAGUACCGUGGAAUCCUACCUUCAAGCCGUGCAGAAGAGUGUCUUGACCCGUACCCCAUAUCAGCAUAUGGGCAUGCAAAACAUCCGCAAGGUCAGCCAAGAUGCACAGUACGCGUGCGAAACCGGCACGGGCCUGGUCAUUCAACCUGAACCAGAGUAUGUCGGCAGCGAACUCGGCGUUGAGAGCGGGGAUGUCGUCCUUGAAGCGCUGCAUUUCAACCCGUAUCCGCUGAUGCUGGCUUGUGGGAUUCGCAAGGGCGGCUUCCGGGUUUGCGCGAGCUUCGAUAGCAGCUUGAUUGAGAUCAAGCAGAUGGAACGGAUGCUGGGGCAGCUCGAGACCGCUUGCUUGCAGUUAAGUAAAGGCCUUUCGCGGAGGGUUGACGAGAUCUCCUGUCUCCCUGAGGCAGAGUUGAACCAGAUCUGGCAAUGGAAUCAGAUUCCUCCUUUGGCUGAGGAUGAAUCAUCCUCUAGGCUGCGUGCAGACGCAAGCACCAAGCCCGGUUCAAGCUAUCCUUCCGCGACUGUUCCUUGGGUUUGCAACCCGCGAAACCCGUCCCUUCUCUCGCCCAUCGGCUGUGUCGGUGAGCUGUGGCUUGAAGGAGCCAUUCUUUCCGGUGACACGGUUGACUCCCCCGCCUGGCUUGUGGCCGGAAGCUCUACCUACGCCGGCCGAAGAGGCAAAUUGCACGCAACCGGCGACAUGGUUCAGUUGCGAGAUGACGGAAGUUUAGUGUUCGUUGGUCGCAAGGAGAAUGUUGUUCCUGUUCACGGGCAUUCAGUGGAUAUUACAGAGGUUGAAAGGCACCUUGCAGGCCAUCUUGCACCGACAAUUCGUGCCGCUGCUGCAGUAUCGCAACCAUCGUCUGACCACGAGCUGCUUUUGUUCAUUGAGCAACCAGCUGGCGAGGAAGACUUUGUUGAGCUUUUGUCAGAGAAACAUGAGAUAGCGUGCGACUCGUCAGGUCAGGCCAUCCAAGCCACAGUCUGCGCGAUUAUUCCCAGCAGUCUUGCUGCAGCGUUGAAGAAACUCGACAAAUACAUGCGAGACUCGCUUCCGUCGUAUAUGGUUCCGUCCACCUACAUCGUUGUAGACAAACUGCCCACUAUAAUGGGACGUGUUGACCACAGUUUGCUCAAUCAGAUCGCUUCUCAAGUUCCCCCGCAAAUCCAAAACCAGGUUCGUGAUGGGUUGAGACUAGCUUGGACCAAGGCUACAAUUCAAAGCCAUCUGUCAGCUUCAGAAGGCAUACUGCGGUCUGCAUGGGCCAAAGUCCUUCGUAUCGACCCUGAGCAAAUCGACGUAGACGACAAUUUCUUCAGGCUCGGAGGGGAUUCUGUUCUUGCAAUGAAGCUUGUUUCGAGCCUGCGAACGCAAGGUCACGGUUUGUCUGUGGCUGAUAUCUUCCGGAAUAUGCGUCUCAGCGACGCUGCCAGAGUGCUGAAGGUGGACCAACGCUCAAAAGAGGAGGUUAACAUCUACAAGCCAUUUUCGACGCUCCGUCUACUUGACGUUCAGCAGUUCCUGUCUGAGAUAGUCCGACCACAGCUUGGGAGCCCAAGCUGGCCCAUCCGAGAUGUCUUGCCAGUGACCGACUCCCAGGGUCUGGAUAUCCGAGCAACCCUCCAGCCGCUGAGGACAUCCAUCCAGUAUACAAUGCUGUACUUUGACAGCAGCGUUGAUAGAGAGCGGUUGUUCCGUGCGUGCAGCGACCUGGUUAAGACGCACGAGAUUCUUCGUACAGUCUUCAUCACACAUGAAUCUGGAUUCUUGCAGGUCGUCCUGGACGAGUUGGAGAUUCCAGUGUGCACCCACAAGACGGACAAAGAGCUUGAUCAAUAUGUCGCCGACCUCUGCAGGGAGGAUAUCGAGUCCAACUUCCAGCUAGGAUCUCCGUUCUUCAGACUUCUCCACGUCGAAGGAAACAAUGGCGACACCUGCCUCAUGAUCGGCCUAUCCCACGCCCAAUACGACGGUGUCUCCCUGCCCAGACUCCUCCAAGACCUAGACUCCCUGUACACCGGCACACCGCUCGCAGCUUUUUCCCCGUUCUCGUCGUACAUGGCCCAGAUCAGCGAAGAACCCAUCCAAAACAAAGCAUCGACCUACUGGCGCAAUCUCCUCUCCGAUUCCUCCCUCUCGAUUCUCGACGGACACUCAUCCAACACAACCGAUAAAGCAAUCUUCCGCACCCGCGCCGCCAACACCCAACCCCUCGAGGAAAUCACCACCGCAAAUCUCCUCACAGCAGCCUGGGCCCUGGUCCUUGCUCGCCGCCUCCAAACGCCAGACGUCACGUUCGGCGGCGUCACCUCCGGCCGCACCCUCAACAUCCCCAACGCCGAGAACAUUAUGGGACCCUGCUACCAGCUCACUCCCAUCCGGGUCCCCUUCCAGCCCGACUGGACCGCAACUGACCUGCUGCGCUUCGUCCAGACGCAGUCUGCCGACUCUGCGUCGCACGACUUCCUGGGCUUUGAAAAGAUUGCUGAGCUGGCGGGGUGGGAUAUGGCUCCCGGAAAGAAAAGCUUUGACUCCAUCGUGCAUCAUCAGGACUGGGAGGAUUUUGAUAGGAUGCCGUUUGGUGGGGGCUCUUGUCGGGUGGAAAUUGCCAAUCCGCAUGGGGAUGCGGCCUAUCCGAUCAAGGCUGUUUCGUACGUAAAGGGGGGAGAGAUUCAUGUUGGUGUGGUUGGUAGUGAGAGGGAUGUGGUGUUUGUGGAAGAGGUUCUGGGGGAAUUGGUUGCUGCGGUUGAGGAGUUGGCUGCUCGGAGUGAGAAAGUGUUGCUUGGUAGUCAGCUGUCUUAG